AUGGAUGAUCGCAAAAAGCCCAACCCUGUGUUAUACGAUACACGAUCAGGCACUCCUCACCAGCACCACCAUGAAAACUCGAUUAGGGGCCAGUCCGAACCAGAUCAACAAGAUCCCUGGGACACCACAGUGAAAAAGACCUGUGCGACCAAGACUAGAUUCGACAAUAGGUACACCAGCCCCCUCCCCAGCCUGACCACCUCGAGCAGCCAUCUGGUGGUCGAAAGUAUCCAGACUGGCAGACCAACAACCCCGGACUCGGACUCACCAGCAGACCAAUGGGAAGUCGACACACCCCCACUGGCCGAACAUCAUCACCUCACACCCACACCCCAGACACAACUUGGGAUAGAGGACAAUGACAUGAGGUACGCCAAUGAAAGCCCUGAAGCAGAGAAAGGAGACCAGACACAUAGGACUGUCUACAACAUGUUUGAGGCAAUGCACGACUUAACUGACAGAUUUAAUGGCAUUAGAUUCGCAGGUUUGUGGGAGAACUUCCUGGACGAGUACACGCUAUGGUAUAGUAACCUACCAAGGCCGGCAACCCUGGAUACCUUCCCCACCCCUUCACAUGACAGCGAACUGGAAGAACGACUGAAAACAGUCAAAUCUAACAUAAGCUGCCUGACUGAAGCUAAUGCGUAUUUGACAGAUAGGUUACUAACUACAGAGACACCCACCACGGCCGCCCUCCCCUGUAACUGCAACACAUGUGACCCAAACAUGAUGGCAGCACCAAUGGCAAACCUGCCCCUGACCAAAACCAACCGGGUCAAGACAUCCUGGGCAAGUGUAGUGGCAAGCCCACCUCCGGCUGUGCCAACACACAUAGCACGACCCGGACCCCAGAUGACAACCAUGGACAUGCAGGCACCCACCACAAACCCUCACAUCCUUAUCAUACGUGUCAAUCCACUGAUCCCACCAGACCAACAACCAAACGGCCUAGCGACCCGCAAGAAAAUCAACAACAUGCUCGGCACGAAGAACCUCCCACACUACCUGAGAGUCAUGGCAGUCGGAUACUCCCUAGCAGGCAACAUCAAAAUUACAAUGGCCCCCACUUGCUGUGCCACGGACUUGGAAAAAUAUGGCAAAGAAAUCGCUGCGACCAUCACCGACAAUGAAGUGCUGUCUGCCCUACCGGACAUGGAGCACUUCCGGCAUGAUCCACGAAGAGAUGAUGACCUACAUCCCCCAAUACUGGGAGCUAAAACGGUGGGGCCCGCUCAAAUGGCUCGGGUUGGAUGA